AUGUUUCUUGGCUGUCUCAGUCUAGACAUCCUGGCUCUGGUCUUGGAUUUUCUUCAACCAGGAAUGUUCCUGCUGACAAAGAGCUAUGCAAGGGCUGGCUUUGCCACCUCAAUCUUGAACACUCAAAGACCUGGAAUCUUUCCGUCUCUUCGCAGUCUUGCCAGAGCAGAUUUGCCGCUCUCUUUGUCUAAGUUUGCGCUCGGUACAAACUUGUUUGCUCCGGAUUGUGUGUGUGUGGGCCCUUUCCUUCCCCUGAAGGCAUUUUCCCGUUCAGAGCCUUUUCUGCUGCCCUUCGGCAAGGCUGUUUUGGGACUGCCAAUGACCAUUAUUGAUAGUGCAAAGUCAGAUUUUGUUUUGACCCUUCGGAGCUUUGCACAUUUGGGAACUCUGUUGGCUCUUUUUUCCGGCAACAUGGACUUGCUGUUGCCACCUUUGGAUUACAGUUGCCUUGGACCUGCUCCACCCCUUCGAUCCUCCUCGUGA